UGAUCAAGGACCAUCCUCCUCCUCCUCCUCCUCCCUUUUGUCUUCUCCUCGGUUUGUUAACUUCUCCUGCAACAGCGUGGACGCAGGACGCGCCGCUCCAGCCUCACACCCUGUGCCAGGCCUCCCUCUCACUUCAUUCAGGGACUUUUCCUUUUUGUCCCCUUCUUCUGGCGCACCCGGGCCUGACACAAGUCCACUGUGUGACGAGCAGAGACAGACAGAGGACCAUAGACUGUAGGACAGACUGUUUCCUUCACUUCUUCUUCUGAGCAGCCGUGGUUCAUGGAGUCUUUGUGGAAGGCACCUUUUGGCAUCACAGCAGCGAGAUCUGCAGCCACAUCCGUGCACCAUCACAACAAAGUUACAACAUGAUGAACAGCCAGGCCAUACAUACCCUUGUUGGCCCAGCGUUUCAAAGCAAGAUGCCUUUAUUCGACGGGACUACAGCAGCCACAGUUGUACCAAAGCCGCAAAAUAUGUCUGGCUACCUGGAUAAGCAGACGCUGCAGUACAGCGGGGCCUACUUAACAUAUGACCCCAGAGGAAAGGACGGCGCAGGAUUCACUCCACCGUGGAGCAGCUCAAAGACCUCGCUGCAGGAUGGCCGAAGUCCUAUGAGUCACCUCUCUGGCAUGGAGGGGCAAAACCACAUAUUUUACAGGCAAGACAGCAAUUCUCCAGAGGACCAUCAUUCUCAGUCUUCCUCCCGGUGUCACAGCCCAGUUAAACAGGGCUUUACCUUAUACACUAAAAGUCCAGGGCUGGGCAGCCCCACAGCUGCUGUGAGGAAACAUACAAGCAGAGGUGAGAAUUCAUCUCCUCCAUCCGAAAACUCUGUUUACCUUGCAAUUCCAAAGCCAGUUUACAGACAUAACCCCUGCUGUAACGAGCUGGGCUGCGUUAUAGGGCACCGAUACAGUGUGGAGCAUGGCUCCCCGAGGAUACCAAACCCUUUAUACAAGCACGACUGGAUGCAAAGUGAUGCCCACUACGCUGAAAGACCAGCUAUCCAGACAAAGACACAAGAGGUGCUGCUGCAGCAGAGAGGUUUACAGUUUGAUCCCAGUGCUGAACCACUGGAGAGGAUCAGCGUGGAGACGUACAGCCCAAGUGCAGGGAGGACGUUGCCUACAGUGAUUGACCCCAACUACAGCAGUUACCCCUGCACCCCGACUCGCACUCUGUUUGGUUCUUUAAGCGAGCAGAGCCAACGGUUACAGUCUUCCCCUAGAGGCUACCCCAGCCAAUACCCCUCCCAUCCUCCAUACGAGCAUAUGACCUCAGAGGUUUAUCAGGAACGCUCUCCCAUGUCCAAAUAUGGUCAGCUAACACAGCACCCAGUGUUUUACUACACCCACGCAAAUGAGGAGGUACAAAACAGCACACGGUGUAAAAACAUGGGCAGUAAGCAGAGAGAUGUCCCUGUUAUUCUUAAACACACAAGUUCGAACCCCAGGGACCAUUACAUCGUGCCCCAGUCAUUUCGUGGUGAAAUUCCUUUGCCUAGCACUGAAACAUUACCAAACCAUUCCUUUAUACAGGGCUUUGACUAUCCAUGUUAUGCAGUACCUAGAUUUAAUGUAAUCCCAAGCCAUAUCAGAGCACCCCAAAAAAGGCCACAUGCAUCGCCUAGUUUUCACAGUAAUGGCAUAAAUCUGUCCCCAACCAGACAACGUAUGGAUCACCCCUUAACCUCUGCAACCAACCCACAUAAGGACAAAGCCAACAGCAGCCUGCACGUCGCCCAGUCACAACUUCACUCACCGUUCCGUGGCGUGGCUCUAACCAGUCCCACCAGAUGUGGCAGCCAACUUGGCCUCUCACUUCCCAUGAUAAAAGUAAACAGACCUUUCCCCUCGUUCUCCAACUGGCACAUGGACCCACACAUCCUUUCACCUGGUGGCUUGAAAAGACUCACAGACUAUUCCUCCUGUGAAGCCCAGGCCACACAGCAUCCUGUUUCCAUGGCGGCAUGGCUUCCACAGUCUCCCAGUCACAGUGCUGAUCGCAUCCACGCAGCUGUAGCCAAUAGUGCCAAUGUCAGAAAAAUUAUUUAUUCCCCUGUUAAUGCAACAGGAAAUAAUGACAAUGCCCCCACGUCUACUUCAGGCAGCUCGGUUCUUAAAGGUUGCCUGAAGAGAAGCAUUUCUUAUCCAUCGCCACCAGUCAAAAUAAAAGAAGAGGGUAGGGAUUUAUGUGAAGUGGGACUCAUGAAGAAACGACAAAAGGUGGAAAUGGAGAAUGUACAAGCAGGAAAUAAAACUGUCUCUCCUCCUUUGCCUGUCAUUGACAGCGUCUUCAGCCUGGCACCGUACCAAGCGUACCUGCAGGUCUCUGGAGUGCUAUUUCCGGGCAGAGCGCCUGUAAGAAGCAUCCAGUCCUCUGAGCCCAAGCCAGACUUCAAAGCAAAAAAGUCAGAUGGAGACGAACAGCGGCCUGUUGUCUGUCCCGUUCCCAAAAAAAUCUGUCCAGAUACUCCCACAGAGAAGGCUGUUGUUGAAACCUUUGAACAGAAAGUUAUUAAAGUGGAACAAGCCGAUCCAUCGGACACAGAAGAGUUUCCUGUUAGUCAGAAGCACUGCAUCAAAGUUACAAUCAAACAAGAGCCUGAAGAGGCUGAUUCUUCUGACUGUGUGCCCAUGUUGGUGAUAAAGAAAUGUGAACCUGAUGAACCUGAAAUCGAAGCCUCAGUUGCAGAUGAAAGCGAGACUUCAGAUGAGUCAAAAACCGUUGAGUUGACUGGAAAGAAGAGUUUGUAUUCUGAGGGUGAUGCAAGCACACUGAAGGAGCGGGUGUCAACCCUUCAAUCCAAACCCACUAUUCCACCUCAGCCACCUGAGAGCAAACUAAAUUUCAAAAACAUUCCUCCCCAGUGUUUAAAACUUUCCAGCUACAGAAUCAUUCUCCCUGAUAUGAAACAUUCCAAUCCUGCUCCACCACCACCUGAGAAACCACCUGCACAGCCAGUAAUUGAGAUGAUUCCAAAACAAGAGCCUGAAACGCCAGUCCGCAAGCAUUUCUUUGAGUUACACCAUUCCCUCUGCAAGCUGAUAUCAAAAUCUGUGUCAGCCUCUUCAGAACAGGAGCUCAGAACCUGGUUGUCCGAGUUGCCACUUACAGAGCCUGCAUCCGCUUCAACCAAAGUCCAGAAAGUGUCGUGUCUGUUGGGUGCGAGAGCCCGAGAGGUGUGGCUCAACGAGGAGAUGAAGUCUGCUCUCCACAAGGUCCUGGAGAGGCUGAAAGAGUACACCGCCCAGGAGCUGUGUCCUUUUCCGCACGUCAUGCGGACGGGGGCGGUGUUCCUGCCCAUGCUGGUGAUGAAGGAGCUGCUGUUCCCGAUGGUCCAGGUCAGCUUCAUCGACCAGGUCCUGCACGAGCACAAAGUGGCGCUUCGGCCUACGACGCUGUCCGAAGAGAAGAUCCUCAUCCAGCUUCACAAACGGGCCUGCUCCUCCCGCCUCAGGAGGCUGAUGUCCCUCAAACACUUGCCUGACAUCUACGCAGACGUGGUCAACAUCUUGUAUUACUCUUGUGUCUGCAAACACCUGGAAUCAACUUCACCUGACGUCCAAAAGAGAGUCCAGGAUUAGAUAUGGACGAUCCUGCUUAUGGGGAGAAAGACGACGGUAGUGAGGAGGCCCCAGUGUUUUCAGACAUCAGCGCCUCACCAGUCUCCCCCCCAGAGUUACGUCCACAGGGACACGCAAAGGACGUGGAAAUGAAACCACAAUUGAACACUAACACAACAAAAAGCAGGGUAAAGAGCAGCUCGAGGCGCAGGUUUCUGGACAACAGUUUGUCAGAUAAGGAAGAAGCAGGCGACUCUGUAAAUGAAGGAAUGCUGAAAGAAUUGUGCAAGAGAAACUUGAGAGCCAGUCAGUCUGAAGUGAGUAAGGACAAAGGAAGUGACGGUGCGGUUGCAGAGCCGGAUUCCUCACUCAAUUCACUGAGCCUAUCAUCUGAGAAUUCAUGGAUGUGUCCUUUAACCUUGGACGAGCUUUCUAUGUCUCCCACUGACACAGAAACGGAGGAAUACUCCCUUCUGCAGCCUGCUCAUCAGUCUGUAGGAUCAGCUAAGACUCAGGUUAGAUCUAAGACUUGCUCAGGCGUGAUUCUCAAACUGAGAAGGAUGUUUAGCGAAGGCCUCAACAGAAAAAAGGCCCACUACCAAACGGUGUCAGACUCUGGGACAUUAGAUGAUCCCUCCUUCUCAAAAACCGAGGGAUUGGAGGGAGACAAGAGGAUGCCCCAAGCGACCCACAAGUCGCAGAGAACUGGUAGCUUCUCUCACACAUUGAGACCCCUCAGCAGCUCUUCCAAAAGAAAACGCAGAUCGCUCUUGAAGAUCAAAUACUGUCCCUACUUGUCUGCCUGCCACAGCGCUGAGCACAGGAGGCGAUGGGUGCUUCGUUCGGCCGUCCAGAGGGCUCAGAGGGCCCUGAGGAUCUACUACCCUGACCUAGUGGGAAAGAGGAUAUGCCACCUGUAUGAAGAAGACGACAAAUCAGAAGUGUGGUAUAGAGGAGAGGUGCUGCGUGUCCAUGAGGCCCACACCAACCCUCUAAAGACUAUAUUUGAGGUCAGGUAUGACAGCGAGCCAGAGUGGAAGUACUACUUAGAGCUGCUGAUAGACUAUAAAAAGGGCUGGUUGAAAAUUGAUGAUUAGUUCCGUCAUACAAAUGUCACUCAGCCAGUUUUGUUUUGGUAAUUGUGCAGUUUGGAAAUGGUUUGUUUGCUGAUAGGCCUUAAAUUAUCUGUUUGACUUCUUGAAUAAAGAAGUCGGACAGAAUUUUUGUUUUUGUAGGUCAGCUUUGUCACUUUAGAGCCACAGGGCACAUUCUUCUUUAAAGACGGACCAUAUGUAGCAUUUUGUUACUCUUAUCAUUGACUCAUGUGGCAUUUCUGGUUUAUUAACUAAUUUGUUUUUGUCACAGAAAGGUCAGCAGCCAUAAUGAAAAAAAUAAAUAUACAACUCUUUAAAAAAAGAAAAAAAAAUUAAGCAUAUGUGAAGUUUUGCAUUUGACUUUUAAAUCAUUUUCAACUUUUCUGGUUUAAAAAAAGAGAAGUUAAUCUUUUAGUUUCCCUUUAUUUGCUAGUGGGAAAGAAACCAGCAAAUUAACUGUUAGACGGUGCGAGCCCUGUGUUUGUGGGUUUACAGUAAUAGUGUCAGCAUGUCGUGAUAGCAGAGGGCUUCUGUUUUUUACCCUGAUGAUUGUGGUUGUUUUGUUGUGUGUUACUGAGGCUGGACGGACUUUCAGAUAUUCUGUACUGAUCUGCUCAAGUUGUCUUCGUUGACACGCAGGCUGCUGAGAUGCUCUUAUGUCGCAGUGUUUUCAAUCACUGUGAACCUGAAGACUUUCACUUCAUUGUAUGUUAUUUUGAAUUUUUGUAUCAUUUUAUAAGACUUGUGCAGACUGAAUUGUUUCUUUCACUGUUGUCAUAAAUAAAUGGAGUGAUUCCAUAGGUUUCUGACAAUACAUAUUUUUGAGAGUUUUAUAUAAUUUUUUUUAAAACUGUGGACUGUUGUUACCACUGACCAUACGAUCUGUCUGCAGCUAAGAACUAUUUUAACCUGUCAAACUACAGAUAACAAGUUUGUCAGUUUUAUCAUGCUGUAAAGGACAAAGCACUUAAAAAAAGAGCAGUUCCUUCUGUAAAUAUUACCUUUUAAGGAGACCGUGUCUUUGUCCCCAUCCAGUGGCAAGGCUUGAGUUGCAAAACCCCUUUUGAAACUUUUGGAAGUGCUGCUGCAUUGGCAGGGAAUGGCAGAGCUUGUACAUGUGACACAGAUUAAAAACUCAUAUUGAUUGUGGGGAAAGAUUUUUUUUCUUCAUUUAAUUAAAAUGGCUGCUGUUACAACAAAAAGCAUUGUCGAUCAUCAAACAACCACCCAUGUCAGAACAAUGUUUGCAACAUUUUGCACUUUAAUAUUUUCUCCAAAACAGACAACUAAUUUCUCCCACAAUUUACACUAAUAGGAAAUAAAACAACUUUGAUAGCAUAAAGAAAAGAUAUGUAGAAAAGUAUUAAAAGUUUUUGGAUGUCUCAGAUUAAUGUAAGUAGCUGCUUCUGUUACUUCAAACAUUAUGAAAUGUUUAUUAUCUUCUAGCAGACACAAUGAAAACAGAGGAGAGCGUAUUAGCCUAAUGGUCGUAGUGAUAGCUGCUGUGUUACCUGCAAGACAGAUUAGUGAAAAGAGCCCAUCUUUUUGUUAUCAUCCAUUCAACGCGUGCCAUCAUUGGUUUGUGACUUGAGACAAAAUCAAUUCAAAAAGUGACAUCAAACAAACAACCACUUGAUUGUUUAUCGUACAAUCUGCAAAUUAAAAGUGGUGCAAAACAAGCAAACAUCUAAAAAUCAAAAUGAAUCAAUAAGUUACCAAUUGAAAUUCACGCUAUUCUGGAAGACAGCUCUAUCUAGUUCUGUAGUACACUACUUGGCAAAAUACAUAGCGCAGAAAUGCAUCAUGGAUGUUUGAGUUCUUAAUAUGAUUGAGACCAAACCUACUCUAAUGACUCACACAGUACUCCCAAAAAUGAGAUUUCUCAUGACAUUUAUUCAAAUAAACAAUACAGUUUAUAAUUUGCUAGGAUAAAAUAAUGAGUUUUAACACAUAAGAAGCAUUUGGGAGAGAAUUCCCCAAAGAUCGGAAACUGGGACAAAGGAUGUGUUUUAAUGAUGGCUGACACUUUGGUGUCAUCUCCUGACUUGUAUCAGUGCCUGUGUAUUCAUGCCCCCUCCAGUCAAUCUUGUGAAGACUGCCAUAUUCCAGAGACAUGAACAAGCAUCCACAAGCAUAGAGCUUGACAACCAGAGCAACCACCACAAUGCAAAACCUGGAGGGGCACUGACAUUUCAAUGUCGAAUCCUCAACCUAUGUGCGAAAAAAAAAAA